CUGGGCGGGCAGUCGUGUAAGAGCCAGGCCUAAAGCCAGUUCAGUUUAUGGUCAAUUAGAGCACAACUCAUUUGCAUGUGGCUUUGGAAGAGCCAGUGGGAAUGCCUAUGCCUCCGCAUGGGUCUUUGUCUGUGGCUUUUGGUGUGGCUGUCACCCAUCCGAACGGCCAGGGCGUGGAAGUGUUUAUACAAAGAAUUUCCAGUUGACCGAGAGAAGAUCAAGGGCGGCUGGUGGAUUUAUGGUAGCAAUCCAGAGGCAGUGACACGUUGCUACCUCAGCGACCUGGAUCUCUAUUGGACACGCAUCACUAUGACGGACUACGCUAAUUAUGCUGUGGAACUUCACUGCUCUCUGCCCUGGUUCCGUCAUCUUCUGGCCAUCUACACCAGGUCCAAGGAACCCACACAGGAGACAAUCGAUGCCGUCAGUGGCUACCUCAAGUCGGUUAAUCUAUCGUUGCACAACUUUACGCUGGUGAUGAAGCCAGAAAACUGCGAAAAUCAGCAGCAUGAGCCCUGGCAGCGUUGGCAUUUGUCCAGAUAUCUGCAUUUGGAAUACCAUCCGCAUUAUCUCAAGCCCCUGAUCGAUGACGACAAUAUUUAAAGCAACACGAGAGACUCAUUCUCCGACUCUCUGCUGGCCCAACUUUCUUUAGCCGGAAAUUUACAUACGAGCAUAUGCCAAAAUUGGUCAAAAAUAUAUCUGCGAAUAACUUAAAAACAA